GCUCGCCGGCAGCUACUGCUUCAAAUCCAAGAUGUCGGCUACGUCUGUGUUCCCCAUGUGUGUGCGAGCGAGUAGGGGCCUCUUGAGGCUCAGAAGCGGGACGACGGGUGCAUUGACACCGACAGUGGUGGACAUCAUCCGGACACUCUCUACGGAGAAACCGCAAACCGGGACAGGCAGUACGACGGGCGGACUGGCUCAGGCUAUACUCCAGGAGAGGCUCCAGCAGCAACAGCAGAGUCAGGGCCAGCCUCCUCCAGAUGGGGAGGGUCAGAAGGAGGGAGAACAGGCGGAGGAUAAGAAACAGAAGGAGAACACAGCCUACGCUAAAAAGAUGGUGCUGCGGUUGGCGGGAUUCAUGGGACUCGGCGGGAUGGUCGGCAUCGUCUACAUAUUUGGCACGAACUCUGUGGAUGAGCAAGGAAACAUGAUUCCAGAUGAGUUCGACAGAGAUCCUCCAGUCGUCCAGCAGCUAAAGCGAACCUUCAAGUACUUCAAGGACUACAGACAGAUGAUCAUCGAGCCGACGAGCCCCAAGCUGCUGCCUGAUCCCAUGAGGGAGCCGUACUACCAGCCACCGUACACCCUGGUGCUGGAGCUGACCGACGUCCUGCUGCACCCGGAGUGGUCGCUGUCGACAGGUUGGCGCUUUAAGAAACGUCCGGGCAUCGACUACCUGUUCCAGCAGCUGACGCCGCUCUACGAGAUCGUCAUCUUCACCGCAGAGACGGGCAUGACGGCGUAUCCUCUGAUCGACAGCAUCGAUCCUCAGGGCUUCGUCAUGUAUCGUCUCUUCAGGGAUGCAACACGCUACAUGGAGGGGCAUCACGUGAAGGAUGUGUCGUGUCUGAACCGGGACACCAGUAAAGUGAUCGUGGUGGACUGUAAGAGGGAGGCGUUCCAGCUGCAGCCCUUCAACGGCAUGGCCCUGAAGAAGUGGGACGGAAACUCGGACGAUCGGACGCUCUACGACCUCGCCAACUUCCUCAAGACCAUCGCUCUGAGCGGGGUGGAGGACGUCCGUACGGUGCUGGAGAACUACGCCCUGGAGGACGACCCCAUUGACACCUUUAAACGUAGACAAGCUCAGCUGGCGCAGGAGGAAGAGCAACGGUUGGCCGAGCUCAACCAGCAGAAGAAACAGGGACUCUCUCUCGGCUCCAUCGCGUCGCGGUUCUGGCGAUCCAAACAGCAGUGAGCCCCGCCUCCCCACACUUCCACCAAUCACAGCUCAUCGCUGAGGGGAGGGGUCAGAGAAGGGGGGGUCGACCAGUGUUAUCCAGCUGAGCGGCAGAUAACGCCACAAUGGGGCGGAGUCAGGACAUUGGCCGCUUCUGCACCUGUGAGAGAGGGACUUCCUGGUGUUGUUGGAGGUGGGGCGUGGGCGGCCCCCUCCCUCGGUCGCCUCCGCAUCACCUGAUGCUUUUCUAAGCUGCUGAUUGGUUCAUAAAGACAGAGAUCCGGGUCAGGUUGACGUCUUGGUUUUGGUGGUUGGAGGCAAAUCCAGGACCAGUGCAGCUAUCGCCACUCCGGCUCUGGUCCGGCCCGCUGCUCACAGGAACUGACCUGAGAUCAGCUCACUCCUCCAGCAUGUGUUCUUCUUCUCGGUUUCUGUCGGCUGGAGGCCGUUCUCUUAAUGUCUGAAAAUAAACAGGAAGUGGUGUUUGGAAGUUGAGCGUCCAGUGGCGGCGUGGAUGAAGAACGUGUGAAAUGAGGAGAAAAACGUCGCCUCAGUCCAUCUCCAACUAAGUCCUGCAAAAAUUCCCACAAACACGUAGUUAAAUUUCUGUCGCCGUGGAACAGGCCGCUCACGCCGUUGGACGACUCCUCCGCAGACCUUGGUCUGUAAAAUAAAUCUCUGAGCAGCCGUCCAGAGCAUCAGGAGACGAACCGGGAAGGAAAAGGACACGGGCUGAUUUCCACGCUCCUCAUGUUGAACACUUCGACUCGCUGUUGACAUUCUUAAAUAAACCAAACAAACUAGAUCUCA